AUGAACUUCAAGGGCACGUUCAAUACCGGACGUGGUGCAGGCACUGUGUGGCUGCAAGGGCUUACGGGCAACCUCAUCGCGAGCACGGAGGCGAUUCCGGAGAUCGUCACGGAUUACUUCUACAUGGGCGAGGAAGAGAAGGCUGCGACGCACGUUUUCAUCAAGGACCGGGUCACCAGCAUGAUCGGCGCGACUGUCUUGGACGGCAAGACGAGCACGUAUGCGGCGAAGUACUUCACGAAUUUCUUGGUGGAGCUAGGGUACCGCAGGAUCAUCUUGAAGAGCGACAACGAGCCUGCGUUGUUGAAACUGCGCAGGGAGGCUGUGAAGGACAUGCAGAUCGAAGUUGUGCCACGGGAGUCGCCUGUGAGCGAUCACCAGGCCAAUGGUGCGGCUGAGAGUGGCGUCCGCGAGGCUAAGAAGGGCAUCCGUGCCCUCAAGACGUCCACCGAAGACCGGUAUGGAAGGAAGCUCGCUGAGGACCACGUGCUCCUAGCGUGGCUUGCGCGGCACGUGGCUCAGACGUCCAAUCGGUACAAAGUCGGUGAGGACGGACGUACGCCGGUGCAGCGGUCAACUGGCAGGCGGUGGAAGAAACCGGCAUUAUUGUUCGGAGAGUGCAUUAUGGCGAGGCUGGCGGUGACUAGGGCUGGCAAGCGCGACUACGAGAACAUCAUGAUUCCGGGUGUGUACGUCGGCCAUUCUGCACGGUCAGGCAGCCUUAUUAUCUUGACGGAGGACGGCGUUCGCUACGCGAAGUCGUUCCGGCAGCGACCCCACGGUGAACGUUUUGAUCUAGCUUUUCUUGAUAAAGUUCGGGGUCUGCCAUGGGAUGUAGCACAUCGCGCGGGGCGUGCACCACAGGUUCUAGAAGGACGUGAGGCUGUAGGACUUCCGAUUCUACCUCCUCCAGGUGCCGCUGGGGCCCAGGAAGGGCUCAAGAGGGACGUGUACAUCACAGCCAAGAUGACGGAGAAGUACGGCCUGACGCCGGAGUGCCCGGCCUGCACGGAGAUAUUUUUCGGAGGUUCGACCAGGCAGGGCCAUGCACCGACGUGUCGUUCACGGAUCGUGGAGGCGAUGGAGAAGGACCCGGACGGUCGUCUCCGGCUAGCGGCGGCGAGAAAACGGAAGAAGGCUUCGACGGCAGCGCCAGAUGCCAAGCAGGAGCCUGAGGUGGAGGACGCCGUGCGCGAGAAGCCGGAGGAGGAGCAGGAGGAGGUGGACAUGACUGUGGAGGAGGGCAUUGGAGGAGAGAUGUUGGAGGAUGCGCCGGAGGGGAACCACAUGCAGGUAGUGAAGCCCGAGCGCAACAUGAAGUGCGACAUCGGCAGCCUAAGCGAGCAGGACAUCGACCCGGCGGUGCCCAGGCCGGACGUGCAGGCAGGCGGUUCGAGUGCAUCGACGGCGGCACCCGCCGCGGGCUCGAGCUCAGGAGCCAUGGCUGGGACGAGUGGCAUCUCAGAAAAAUCGGCGCCGGCGGUGGGCCAGGCGCACAAUGCAGACGUGGGUGCGUUCUCUGCGUACAAGGACAAGUACUUCGCAGAGACGGUUAAGCACGUGACGGAGUUUUACACCGGCUCGGAGUUCGAGGGCGACUCUGAGGGCAUCCGGGGGGUAUCCCGGAUAGCAGUCGAGAUGUCCGCAAUGGACGUCAGUGAGGUCCUUUCCCGAGGCAAUCGUCGUCUUGGACUUCGUGCAGGUUUCGCCAUUGAUUUACAACUUCAGCGACCUGACGGGCAGUUCUGGGACCUUUCACGGGAUGAGGACAUAGACAUGUUAGAUAAGCUCCAGGACAAGUACAAGCCUGAGGUGUUGAUCGGGUGUCCAUCGAGUACUGUGUUUUCGAGGCUUCGGUCGCCAUCGAGAGUAAACUUGGACCCAAACACCGUGAGCUUAGAGAUGCAGGACGGCCGGAGGCACUUGAGAGCGAGUGUCGACGCGUACCGGAAGCAGAUCAAGAUGGGCAAGUUGUUCUUGCAUGAGGUUCCUGGGAUUACCACCUCCAGGGGCGAGGACAUCAUGGCGGAGCUGGAGAACAUGCCGGGAGUGUACAAGGUGGCCGGUCCCAUGUGCAAAUGGCGGCUGGCAGGCACCAUCCAGAGCGGAAGAUCUGGAUACGUGCGCAGAGAAACGUCGUGGUUAACGAACUCGCGAGAGUUGGCCGCUAUGCUGCAGGACGAGCGUGUGAGCCUGCAGGGCAAGAGUGGUUGGUAUCGGCAUGUACGUCCAGUUGGUUUUCAGAAGGUGAGGUCUACGCACAUAUAUCCGCCGAGGCUGAUGUAUGCGAUUUUACGUGUGGUUCGUGAUCAGCUUGUUCACCGGAUGGAGUUGUCGAGUAUGGACAUCUGCACGGCUGGGCCCAUAGCUGAGGAGCCGGAGGUGUACAGCGACGAACAGUGGAAGACGUAUUACGACGACGUCAACGGCGGGAUUAUACCGACAAAGUUGGUGGAGGACGCUAGGCAGUUGGAGCGGGACUGGGUUGCCAAGGAGGGCGUGUACACCAAGGUCCCGCGGGAGGUCAUGGAGAGCGAGGGCGCUACUGCGAUUCCGCUGCUCUGGAUUGACACCAACAAGGGCGACGCUAAUAAACCUGUCGUGCGUUCUCGAUUGGUCGUGAUGGAGGCCACGAAGGGCAAGAAGGCGAAGUUCGAGCAGCUGAGUCCGGAGAAGUUGUUCUCCGCCAUGCCGUGGUUGGAGGCUUUGAAGCUUCUCUGCAGUAUCCAGGCGACGCAACAGCGGAGUUCCAGGGGCGCCGAGCUCAAGCUAGCGUUCUGGGACAUCUCGCGGGCGCACUUCAUGUCGAAGUGCGAGCGGAGGCUGUUUGUCAAGUUGCCAGAGGGAGAUCCCGACAGACACACUCAUGUUGGGCUGCUUCAGAGGACCAUGUACGGAACUCAGGACGCAAGCCACCUGUGGCAGAAGAACUACACCGACCUUUUGGCUAAGAAGGGCUACGUUCUGGGGAAGACGAACCCAUCUAUAUUCUACAACCCAUUUGAUGGAUCGAGGCUUUUCGUCCACGGAGAUGAUUUUGUUCUCUUGGGUGAUCAACGUUCAAUUACGGAAAUGGACACGCUGUUGAAUUCUAAGUUCACUUGCAAGCACGUGGCAACGCUUGGCACGGAGGCAGGUGACUCCCAGGAGGCGUGCAUCUUGAACCGGAUUGUUCGUAUCACGGAGGACGGUAUUGAGAUCGAAGGGUUGGGCAAGCAGAGACAUGUCAAUACACGUUAUCUGUGGCUACAAGAUAGAGUGGCGAGCGGCGACAUUCGGAUCGUGAAGGUUCGGACUACCGAGCAGAUGGCCGACCCUCUGACGAAGGCGAUGGCCGUCGGCAUGAGGGACCCUUUGCUUACGACAGCCGGCUUGGUCUUCGACUCGAGCAGGGCCGUGACUCAGAAGGGACUUCUGGCCUGA